AUGGCUGGCGCGGACGAGACUCUCGUGGCCGCGACGGCGGUGCUGCAGUCUCUCGCGAGAGACGAGCCCACCACGGGCUCUGCGUCCCCUCCCUUUGAUUUCGAAUUUCCCUCCACCAACGGUGCCAAAUCAUCCAAACUGCCCGGAGAACCCAGCCCAGCAAAGGUCGCCUUCGAAGCCGAGUUGGAGGCCUUGGUGCGCCGCGUGCACCACCUGGAAUUCCAAGCUGUCAGUCAUCACAAACUCCCCGACAAUCCCCAGCAGACCACCCCGUCUGCUAUCGGAUCCAACGAGAAGGACCCUGAUUUUUUGUGGACCUUCGGGCUCGAUCGCUUGUCGUCCGGUCAAGGUUCUGACUCUUCUUAUUGCCUCACACAGCAGCAAAAACUGAAUCAACCCGGUCGGCGACAGCGGACCCCAUCGGCCCCCGAAGAAAAAUCCCCUCGUCCACCCCAACAACCCGCCCCGAUAGGAGACCUUGACGAAGACGAUACCGACGAGGAGGAUGAGACCGGCGCAACACGGCUGGUGCGCGAAGAAGAUAUCAGCAUUCUCCGCAACCAUGUGCAAAAGCAAGCCGAGGAGAUUAGCUUCCAGAAGGAUAUGUUAGCGCAGGUUCGCGACGAGUUGCAGAAGCAGGAAGAGCACACCCGCCGGGCGCUCACCAAGGUCGAAAACGAGGAUGUUGUGCUGCUCGAACGCGAGCUCCGGAAGCACCAGCAGGCCAACGAGGCUUUCCAGAAAGCCUUGCGAGAAAUCGGUGGCAUCAUCACCCAAGUCGCCAAUGGUGACCUCUCGAUGAAGGUCCAAAUCCACCCCCUGGAGAUGGACCCGGAAAUUGCCACAUUCAAACGUACGAUCAACACCAUGAUGGACCAACUGCAAGUCUUUGGUAGUGAAGUGUCUCGAGUCGCCCGUGAAGUCGGAACGGAGGGUAUACUCGGUGGUCAAGCUCAAAUCACCGGUGUCCACGGUAUCUGGAAGGAACUCACGGAGAAUGUCAACAUCAUGGCCAAGAACCUGACGGAUCAGGUGCGAGAAAUCGCGGCUGUCACCACAGCUGUCGCCCACGGUGAUCUGAGUCAGAAGAUCGAAAGCCGCGCUCAGGGUGAAAUCUUGGAACUGCAACAGACGAUUAAUACCAUGGUGGAUCAACUUCGGACGUUUGCCACGGAAGUUACGCGAGUCGCCCGCGAUGUCGGUACGGAAGGUGUACUAGGAGGUCAAGCCCAAAUCGAAGGUGUCCAGGGAAUGUGGAACGAACUCACUGUCAAUGUCAACGCCAUGGCCAAUAAUCUUACCACGCAAGUGCGUGAUAUCGCCACUGUCACCAAGGCCGUCGCCAAGGGUGACCUAACCCAGAAGGUGCAAGCCAACUGCCGAGGAGAAAUCGCUGAGCUGAAGAACAUUAUCAAUUCCAUGGUGGACCAACUGCGACAGUUCGCCCAGGAAGUCACCAAGAUCGCCAAGGAGGUCGGUACCGAUGGUGUACUAGGUGGCCAGGCCACUGUGAAUGAUGUAGAAGGCACAUGGAAAGACCUUACCGAGAAUGUCAACCGCAUGGCCAACAACCUGACCACUCAGGUGCGUGAGAUUGCCGAUGUCACCACGGCUGUCGCCAAGGGUGAUUUGACCAAGAAGGUCACUGCCAACGUGCAGGGUGAAAUACUUGAUCUGAAGAGUACUAUCAACGGCAUGGUGGACCGUCUCAACACCUUUGCCUUUGAGGUCAGUAAGGUCGCUCGUGAGGUCGGUACCGAUGGUACCCUAGGUGGUCAAGCCAAGGUAGACAAUGUGGAAGGAAAGUGGAAGGAUCUCACCGAUAACGUCAACACCAUGGCGCAAAAUUUGACGUCGCAGGUGCGAAGUAUCUCAGAUGUGACGCAAGCUAUUGCCAAGGGUGAUCUUAGCAAGAAGAUUGAGGUGCACGCUCAGGGAGAGAUUUUGACCCUCAAGGUGACCAUCAAUCACAUGGUGGGGCGUUUGGCCAAGUUCGCGACAGAACUGAAGAAGGUCGCCCGUGAUGUGGGUGUCGAUGGAAAGAUGGGUGGUCAAGCAAACGUCGAAGGGAUCGCAGGGACUUGGAAGGAAAUCACAGAGGAUGUGAAUACCAUGGCCGAGAACUUAACAUCCCAAGUGCGUGCAUUCGGCGAAAUUACCGACGCCGCCACGGACGGUGAUUUCACCAAGCUCAUCACCGUCAACGCUUCCGGAGAAAUGGACGAACUGAAGCGCAAGAUCAAUAAGAUGGUUUCCAACCUAAGAGACAGUAUUCAGCGAAACACUGCCGCCAGGGAGGCUGCCGAGCUUGCCAAUCGCACCAAGUCCGAAUUCCUUGCCAACAUGUCCCACGAGAUCCGAACUCCCAUGAACGGUAUCAUUGGUAUGACCCAGCUUACACUGGAUACCGAUGAUCUGAAGCCGUACACCCGCGAGAUGUUGAACGUGGUGCACAACCUGGCAAACAGUUUGCUCACAAUCAUUGAUGAUAUACUCGAUAUCUCUAAGAUUGAAGCCAACCGGAUGGUCAUUGAAAGCAUUCCAUUCACCGUCCGCGGCACCGUGUUCAACGCGCUCAAGACUUUGGCUGUGAAGGCGAAUGAGAAGUUUUUGAGCCUCACUUACCAGGUCGACAACACGGUUCCCGACUAUGUCAUUGGUGAUCCGUUCCGUCUGCGCCAGAUCAUCCUCAACUUGGUUGGUAAUGCCAUCAAAUUUACCGAGCAUGGUGAGGUCAAGCUCACGAUCCGCAAGUCCGAUCGUGAGCAAUGCACCACCAACGAAUACGCCUUUGAGUUCUCCGUCUCCGACACCGGUAUCGGUAUCGAGGAGGACAAAUUGGACCUGAUCUUCGAUACCUUCCAGCAAGCCGAUGGCUCAACCACCCGCAGGUUCGGUGGUACCGGUCUCGGUCUGUCGAUCUCCAAACGUCUUGUGAACCUCAUGGGUGGUGACGUCUGGGUCACAUCGGAGUACGGACAUGGCAGUACCUUCCACUUCACUUGUGUCGUGAAGCUUGCCGACCAGUCUUUGAACGUCAUUGCUUCUCAGCUUCUGCCCUACCGGAACCACCGGGUUCUGUUCAUCGAUAAAGGUCAGAACGGCGCUCAAGCCACCAAUGUCAUGAAGAUGCUUAAGCAGAUCGAACUGGAGCCUUUGGUGGUGCGCAACGAAGAGCAUGUUCCGCCGCCUGAAAUUCAAGACCCUUCUGGAAAGGAGUCUGGUCAUGCAUACGAUGUCAUUAUUGUGGACUCUGUGGACACUGCUCGCAUCUUGCGAACAUUCGACGAGUUCAAGUACAUCCCCAUUGUUCUGGUUUGUCCUUUGGUCUGUGUCAGCUUGAAGUCUGCCUUGGAUCUGGGUAUCAGCUCGUACAUGACAACGCCUUGCCAGCCUAUUGAUAUGGGCAACGGUAUGCUUCCUGCCUUGGAAGGUCGGUCAACCCCGAUCACCACCGACAACUCUCGCUCGUUCGACAUUCUGCUGGCUGAGGACAACGAUGUCAACCAGCAACUUGCUAUGAAAAUACUCCAACGGCACAAUCACAACGUCUUUGUUGUUGGUAACGGUCUAGAGGCGGUGGAGGCUGUCAAGAAGCGCCGCUAUGAUGUGAUUCUGAUGGAUGUCCAGAUGCCCGUCAUGGGUGGUUUUGAGGCCACUGGCAAGAUCCGCGAGUACGAACGGGAGAGUGGCCUCCAACGAACUCCGAUCAUCGCGCUCACUGCACACGCCAUGCUGGGAGAUCGUGAGAAGUGUAUCCAGGCUCAAAUGGAUGAGUACCUGUCCAAGCCGCUCAAACAAAACCAGAUGAUGCAGACCAUCCUCAAGUGCGCAACGCUUGGUGGCUCGCUGCUGGAGAAGAGCAAGGAGUCUCGAAUUUCCAGCAGUGGAGAAAUGCAUCCCAUCCACUCAUCGGUUCCCGACAACCAAAAUCAGCAGCAGCGGUCACAAAAGCAACAAGGGUUGCCUUCGCCACCGCGGCCUAACAUGGAGACCCGUGCAAUCUCCACCACCGGCCCAAUAGGCCGUGGCAGUGUCGCCGAGCCUGAAGACAAGGAUGAAGAGAUGAUCGAUGAUCGGACCCUGCUGCGAUCCAACAGUACCUGA